AUGGCAUCAAAGGUCAGCAUACCGUGGAUUAUUGGAUUAAGCGGCGUGGAGUUACAAGUAGGCCUUGUAACGGAAAGGGAUGCUAAAACGGGUGAGUUGAACUGGCUGGUGUUCGGCCAUGCUGCUGGUGAUCUCAGCACGAGCCGCUUAGCCCCCGAGCUCAAGGAUUCAUUUCUGGAUAUCUCACUCCAGCAAGUGGCGUUUAUCGCUUCAAAUCAUGACGCUCCGGCGUUGUCUUAUCCUGGACUCAAGUGCCCGGCUGUGCAGGGAAUUCAGUUCUGCGCGGCAAUUUAUGGAAUUCACAAGUUGGAGCAGCUGCUUCGCGGUAGUGUCAAGGGUAUGGUGCUGAGGGCAGCCUAUCACUCUAGCAAUAAGUUCGGACUGAGCAUCAUCCUCCCCGGAGAACGUACCAUCAGCUUCACAGACACUGUGUACACCGGCCCCUUGGAGGUUGAGGUCCAGGCAUCUGCAACUGAUAUUCAACUUAUCCUCAAGGUAAUUUUGAAAGUGAAGCGGGACAAAGAGGGCGACGAUGCACCCAUGCAAUUUGCUCUUGGGCUCAAGGCAAAACACCUUAGCCGCGAGUGCGUACGUGCAGAUGUUGACCCAUUUGACAAAUCCAUGUGGACCCGGCGAGGCUCAAAUCCGGCCUAA